AUGAUGGCCAGACCCUGGCAGACCCCACAACUCCUGCUGGCCAUCCUGGUGGCCCUGGUGGCCCUCACCCACCAAGAAAGAAGGAAAACCUUUAUGAGUGUCGAAGAAGUGCCUGUGUCAGAGCCCCAUGUGAUAGCCACCUUGAAGUUUGUGAUCAACGACUUCAACAAGAAGAGUGAUGACAAGUACAAUUUCCGGAUUGUGCGGGUCCUGAAGGUCCAGAAGCAGGUUACUGACCACAUGGAGUAUCAUGUGAACAUGGAGAUGCGGCGGACCACCUGUCAAAAGCUGGAGACUACUAACUGCGUGUUUCAAGAAGGGGAACUUUAUAAGCAAAUUGAGUGCUUCUACUCAGUGUUUGUUGUUCCCUGGUUUGAAAAGUACAAAAUUCUGAACAAAAACUGCACCGAUGGCUAGGUGUCCUGAAGCACAUAUCAGCAAUCAUACUUUAAAAUAUCAUGCAAUAAGCAGUAAUUCUCAAUAUAGAAAAUAAAUGUUUGUCAAACUAUUAUCUCAACACUCUUAAUGUUUAUUAGUCCACUUCCCCCCUAAACUCUUCAGCUCAUAAUAAUGUAAUCUGAAGGUAUUCUGAGCUAGGAUAGUUUUAGGAUUCUAAUGAAGUGACAUAGAUAAUUCCUGGCCUUAUAGCCUAUACCUGCAUGAUUGGAGAACUUCAACCCCAUCCUCAUAUCAAGUAGGAGUCUUCAGACUUUACAGUAAGUAAAAAAUGAGGAGGAGGAGGAGGAGGAGGAGGAGGAGGAAGAGGAGAGGGAAGAAGUUCUAAGUUAUUUACCUGAUCAAACAAGAGAUGUUUGUAAGUAUGGCCUACAAUGCCAUCUCUUAGGGGCCCAAUGAGGACUACCUCUUUUCUUGCAUAAUGUGUUGAAUAAGUAGAAAUAAUACACGUAUUUUUUUUAAGAUGAGCGUCUUUGUUACUGACAAGGAUUAAGUUGGGAGAUAUGCAUUAUUUUUGCAAGAAAGUGCACUUUCUAAUACCAAACUCUAAUGUUAUACUUACAC